CCUUUCUCGCCUCUGCGUUUCACUCCCCAACCAAUGCAUUUAUGGAGUGAGUAAAUGAGGUUCCUGCCUCACACUUCUCUCUCUUGACGUGUCAUCAUGUCCGCCCUCUGAAUAGUGAUUGUUUGCCAGUGGUUCAGCCUGACGAAUCUGUGUCGAUCUGUUACGAAUCCCGCCUCCAGCACUCCGUCUUUCAAGCUUCCGAGGCUGGAACUACUGCAGUGAUGCGAUAGCGCGUAUCUCGCUAGCCCGCUUAUUCGGUCCUUUGACAUGGAUGUUCCCGGCGAAUUAUGUUAGUCUAUCCGUGCCAGUUCAUGACUCGCUGCCGCACGCUUUACUUUUUAGUCUGGUGCAUGCCAUCCCACGCUAUGCGCUCGUGUCCAGUGCUUUUCCCUCGUGAACCACAUCUCAUAUGGGAUUCGGUUCGUCGUUUGUUUCCACCUCGGAACCGGAGAUUGUAUACAGGAGGAUCCAGCCGCGAUAAGCUCAAGCACCCGCAGUUGGGCAUGCCAGAUACCACACAGGCCAACGUAGCUCCUUCUCGGGAGGCUGAGCGGGUGCGUACAUUCUGCCUGCUCAUUUGGAUAUCCUUAAAUUGCCACGAGUAUGACGGUUAUGACAGUGUUCUGUCGAAGGUCUUCGACCUUCUCGUAGGGAGUGUAGGGAGUAGGCCAUCAAUCCUGCGAAUCCAUGAUUGCUUAUCGCCAGCUGUCUUGUCAUCACGUGAUAUGCGACAUCAUCAGCCGCGGUUUCCCCUGCUGGGCCUCUUCUCAACUGGCUCUCCUCGUCAACUGCCAACAUGACAAAAAUCUAUGCAUUUCUCUCAUCCCUUUGAGUUAGUGACUGUUUUUCUGGAUAGUUGAUCUGUGAAUGAAUUCGACUCUCAAUGACCGGUCUCUGCUUUCUAGUAAA